GUUGCCUCCCAGUAAAAACCGACCCUCGCUGACUCCGCCCCUCAAACUCAGAUGUGGAUGAGAGAAAAAGGCCAGCAACAGUGUGACGGACAACAGAGCCCCUCCGCUCGUUGUAGUAGCGGAUGUGUUGUCUGUGAACGCGGAGCAGAGGCGAGCCAAACCGAGCCGCAUGCCUGUCGUGCAACAAGACGAAAAGGAGCGACAUGGACCCCCGGACAGCAGCAGCAUCCAGUGAGGACCGACACAGUUUGUAGGUCCUGUUCUGUCCUGGAGGACGCACGGACAUGAGGAAAUAGAAACAUCAGUUGAGGCCCUCCAGCUGACCUCCGGGCUGAGUCCGUGGGCCGUGGGGCUUUGUUGUUGGUGGGCCAGCUUAACAGGAGUGUAUGUGAGUGAGAGGUAAUGAAGUCCAGCAUGAGGCAGUGGCGGAGGCUGGUGCUGGCAGGAAUGCUGGCCUGGGUUUUCCUCUUCUUCGCCCUCCUCUCUUACUUCCUGGAUGCUCGUGUGAAUGAGCCUCUGACCUCUGCUGGCUCUUUACUCUCCCAGCACCCUGACACCCGUCGCCUGGCCUCUAUACAGGCCUCCCAUCAACAGCACACGAUUCUGGUGUCCCGACCUGAACUGGUCUUAACUACAGCCUACCGUGGAGAUGAGCCAGAGCCAGAGCCUUCUGCAAGCUCCACAACCCCAGAGUUCAGCCUGGAGGUGAGCCGCAGCCCCAACAGUGCUCCCUAUGCCGUUUACGAUGGCCCGGGGGCCAGCAACCAGGACUACUUGGAUCCACAGAGCCUAGCUGCCUGGUCCUCCUUUGGUACAGAAAAUGUUGGUUCUCACUCAGACCCUGUAGUCCAGAGUCGUGAGAGAACUUCCCAGAUCACGGAGUACCAAAACCAUAUCGGCACCAAACGCUACCAUGGUGGGGAGGAGGAAGGCGAAGAAGAAGACGACGAGAGGGAAAAUGAAGAAGAAGAAACAGAACCCAUGAUGAGGACUACAGCAAUCAGGAAGGCUGAUGCUGACUCCUCUGAUUUGGAGGAAUAUUACUUCUCCAAGUCAGCCUCUGUGGUGCAGCGGAUGUGGCGGGGCCGCGUGUCUGCCGGCAUGUUGAGCCCUCGACUGCAGCGUGCCAUGAAGGAGUACGUCAGUGCCAACAAACACAACGUCACCUUCGAGGGGCGCCGCAGGGCCACCCAGAGUGCUGAGGAGCUGCUGUGUCAAAUGAAAGCCCAGGCCCAGCUGAGGACAGUGGACGGGUCGGAGCAGCCCUUCUCCUCGCUUGGUUGGGCUCAUCUUGUGCCACCUCUUCCCUUGGAACAGCUGCACAGACAGCAGGGCCGGAGCAGUUUCAAGACCUGUGCGGUGGUCACCUCGGCCGGUGCCAUCCUACGCUCAGGACUGGGCAAAGAGAUCGACACUCAUGAUGCAGUUUUACGGUUCAACGCUGCACCUACAGAGGGAUAUGAGAGAGACGUGGGGAACAAAACGACUAUUCGCAUUAUCAAUUCGCAGAUUUUAGCCAAUCCUAAGCAUAAAUUUAACAUGAGCUCAAUCUACAAGAAUGUGACUCUGGUGGCCUGGGACCCUGCACCUUAUGCCGUCAAUUUGCAGAAGUGGUAUGAGAGUCCAGACUACAACUUGUUUGGCCCAUACGUGGAACACCGCAAGCUCCAUCCUAGCCAACCUUUCUACAUCCUCCACCCCAGCUAUGUGUGGCGACUCUGGGAUGUGAUUCAGGGCAACACUCAGGAGAAUAUCCAGCCCAACCCUCCAUCCUCUGGCUUCAUAGGCAUCCUCCUGAUGAUGGCGCUGUGCGAGCAGGUGCAUGUGUACGAGUACAUUCCCUCCAUGAGGCAGACGGACCUCUGCCAUUACCACGAGCUUUAUUAUGAUCCUGCCUGUACACUGGGUGCCUACCAUCCCCUCCUGUAUGAGAAGAGCCUGAUCCAGCGGAUCAACACUGGGCCUGAGAGUGACCUCAGGAGGAAGGGACGGGUCACUAUUCCAGGCUUCAGCACCGUUAACUGUGACGUCUGAAAUAUGAAACUGACCACGAACUUAAACAUACACUCCAGCCUUUUCUGACUGACUGUGGGAGAGGUGCAAUAAAGCCACUGGAGACGAGGAGGCUGGAGCUUAGAAAUAUCAAAUUAGACCCAUGAAGAACAUAAGCCAUAGCCCUCCAGGGAGGGAUCAACAUGGGGGCUUCUGAAAGAACUUGUCUUCAUUAAGGUGGUUUACUAGACCAGAGACUGGAAGGAAGAGUCUGCAAGACGGAGCUGAAAAAGACAUUUCUCUCUGCUUUAGCUGAGCCACGUUAGCUUUGGAGCUGACUAGGGUAGCAACAGGUCAGUGUUUUUAGGUAGAAAAGUGACUUUUCAAUAACUGGAUGUGGUUUAGUGGUAUAAACUCUGUGUUUUUCAAUAUUAUGGGUGGUUCUCCACUUAAAGAAAGAUUCCACUGUUUAUAAUGGUGGAUAUUUGUGUUUUUUUUCUUUUUUAUUGGUCCAAAGGGUUGUGAAUAAGCAAAGAAGUCAUCCAUGCUGAAUGUCAUUAAUGCAAUAUAUACUAACACAUUCACAUAAGCGUAUUACUGUACAUUUCAUUGCUCUGCAGCGGGCGCUCCUGUUUGACAUUCUCCGAUAUCAUGUCCCAUGAAAUCAGAAGUUGUGCUUUGUGUUGUAACAAGGGGUUUAUUUCAAACUACUGAUGUUUUUAAGCCUGAGAUAAAUUGUUCUCCUGUGCAUGCAAACUUGCCAGCUCUCUACCACCAGGUUCUCACUGUUUAGGGACUUUUACGACGAUUCUUCAUUCUGUGUCUGCCAGACUCUCUGUUAAUAGCCCACAGGAUGGAAGGCACUGGUUGUCUUUUCUGGAUUCUUCCUGCACAAUUGAAUCGAAGCUAAUGGGGCCAAAACAGAUCUUGGGAACAAACCGGUGCUCAGAACAGCUGUAACCCCGUGCCUGGUGGUCAACUGAACACUUUUCUUGGGUUGCCUUGUCACUGUUCAGAUACAUGCAGUACAUGUUGUGGCAGGACUGCCGUAACCUGGUGUUUAAUUGCAGUGAGAGGUGUGGAGCAGUUGAUAUUGCUGAAGUGAGUUGUAUCAGUGGAUUCUUAGCUCUGCACUCAGCACCUCAUCACCAGCCCUCGUUUUUGACGGUUCACUCUUUACUGAAUGUAAUUUUGCCACCACAGGUAAUGGCCAACCCCUCCCUGGAGCUCACCACUGCAGUAUGGUGUGCAGGGUUAUUUCUUUUGUAUCUGUCAUGUAACAGCUUGAAGCUAAUUUCCUUCAACUAUGAAAGUCUCAUACUUUCUGAAGCUUCUAAUACUGGUUUGUACAUGUCCACAGCUUAGAGCAGAGAUGAUUAAAAGUGAGGAAUUUCAACCUGUAAUAUCAGAUUUACUUUAUCUCUGGGUAGAUUUUUUGGUGAUUAGGAUUUUUGUGUUUACAAUCGGUCAGUGCCACAUCUGCGCCAAUCUCUUGAGGUAUAAGUUCAAUAUAGAGAGGAGGGACAGUCAUGAUUUUUGCUGCAGAUAUUCAAUCGGAAAAAUCUUGCAGACAAGAGAUUUUUACGCUAAGUGUGCUAUUCCACAAAAUGUCCUUUUGCCAUUGAUUGUGGUUUGUAAUAAGAUGUGAGAUGUUGCUGUGACUAUUCUGAUGUAUGUUGUAUUCGAAGGCUUUGUAGUAGUAAAAGUAGUAGCAGUAGUAGUAUAUGCAUGAUUCUGGGGCUUAGCAUUACUUGUUGUUGAGUAGGGCUGGGGAUCAUCCAAAAUGUAUCAGUACUACUACACGUACCGUGCUGAUAUCACAACAGCAGCUUUUUGAAAACAUUUUUUCUACCAGAUCAAAGUGGUCGGUGGCAAUUUUUAAUAGCCUAUUUGACAAACAGGUUGGCCAGACAAACAGAACAUUAGAACCUUCAUAAUGAUUGGCUUUACUGCUGGGCUGUUGUUGUUAGACUGCAGAACAGUUAGCUGGGAGAAGCUACUAAAUUGACAACUGAGUGCAUGUACAGAAAUAACCAGAUGGGAAUGACUUACAUACACACAUAACGAAGGUAUUUCAUCACAAUGAUGCAAAUUCUGUGAAUCUGAUAUUACCAUAAAGCAGUUCUCAUUGAUGUACAGCUGCCUUGGUGUGUAUGGAAAGAUCUCUUUUAUAUGGUUGUAUUGCCCAGCCCUACUUGUUUUUGAUAGUCGAUGCUAUAGACGUAGACUGGAGUGUAAAAAGAAAGUAGUGAGGUUUGAUACACAGGUAUACAGCCCCAGUUUCAGGUGGAUUGUUCAACCUGUCAUUAGAAGAUUCUUGGACCAAGGAACCCAGUGAAGUCAGCAACCAUUAGAUGACUGUAAGAGAGACUGAAGAAAUAAUUUUCAAAUCUUAAGGAGAUUUUGCUUUAGCAUCAUGCAGGUUCACAGCUCCUCUGUAGGUUUUCUCUGUUGAAAUAAAUGAUCAAAUGUU